GGUCUGUGCUCAGCCAUGUCUCAGGUCAUCCACAGCCACGUGCUGCGCGUGGGGCAGAGUGUGUGCGUCCCAUCCCAGGAGGGCACCCCGCGCCUGCCCGCCCCGUGCUCCUACUACUCGUCGGACGCCUGGGCUGAGCCCGGCGCUGUGCGCCGCGCCGCAGCCCCGCUGCCCACCCGGGGGCUGCAGGGAGGUCACCCAGCACCGCAGGAGCCGCCCCUGCGGCGGGAGGACGUGGGCACGGAGCCCGGCACCCACCUCGGGUCGCCCAUCUUGGACAUCUCCAUAGAGAACCUCAACCGGAUGAUCCUGGAGCUCGACCCCAGCUUCCAGCCGCUCUCCUGCCAGCCGAGGAAGGACGCGGCCGUGCCUGCUGCCCGGGGGGACGCUGCUGGCACCCCACAGCACGACGUGGAGGCAGCAGACAUUAAGUACAUCGAGAUGACGCCGACCAGAGCCAAGUGCACCGAGGUGCUGCAGGGCUCCCCCAGCCCUUUCUCCAGGUCUCCCCAGAGCAGUGGCCUCCUGCCCCACCCAGCAGCACCCAGAGGGCACUGCACCAACGGCAGCGUGGUGUUCUCCAGCCCUGCACGGCCCGACAGCCCCCGCUCGGCCCCCCCGGGCUGCUCUGUGUCCGAGAGCAUCGCCGUGCCCCUUCCCCGAGCCGGGCAGAGCAUCUCCCCCCGCACAUCACCGGGUGCCGACCAGCUGCUGAAACCCAUGCAGGCAGUGAGGGCGCAGCAGAGGGGCAGCGAGGUGUCCCUGCUCUCUAUGAGCCCCUGCUCUGACACCAGUUACGUCUUUGGGAGCAGCACCCACUCGCUCCACGCCAGCGACCCCGACGCCGCCUGCCUCCCCCCCGGCUUUGUGGGCAGCCCCCAGACAUCAUCACCUGGCACCAGGUCUCGUUCUGGAGAAGCUUCGUGCCCCCCCCAGCCCCCUGCAGCCUGCCCUGUCCCACCCAGCCUCUCCCUGAAGGGCCAGGCCAGCAGCUGCCCACCCUCCAUCCUCCCCGACGUCCCGGUGCUGCUGGUCAAUGGGUGCUUGGAGCCAGGUGGGAUACCCUUCCCCGGCCUGAGCACAGCCCCCCCAGCCCCUGUGCAGCCCAGCCCAGGGCUCAGCACCCUCAACAACGCGCUGUCAGCACCCACGCUCACCUGCGUCCCUGACAGUCCCCUCCGGGCCGAGCAGCCCACCUUGAAGUUCGUGAUGGACACCUCGAAGUUCUGGUUCAAGCCCACCAUGAGCAGGGACCGAGCCAUCCAGCUGCUGCAGGACCAGGAGCCGGGCGCGUUCCUGGUGCGGGACAGCACGUCGUACCGCGGCUCCUUCGGGCUGGCCAUGAAGGUUCCCGGCGCUCCAGGUGAUGACAGCAGCGACCUCGUCCGGCAUUUCCUCAUCGAGUCCUCGGCCAAAGGGGUGCACCUGCGGGGCGCCAGCGAGGAGCUGUACUUCGGGAGCCUGCCUGCCUUUGUGUACCAGCACGCCAUCACCCCGCUGGCCCUGCCCUGCGCGCUGCGCAUCCCUGCCCAAGAUCUCACAGAUGGAGAGGACGGCCCCGACUGCGGCCCCGGCCCCACGCAGUCCCCGCUGAAGAGAUCCGCAGAGUGCAAUGCGCUGUACCUGGGCUCGGUGAGCACAGAGACACUGGUGGGAGCCCCGGCUGUGCAAAAGGCCACGUCCUGCACCCUGGAGUUGGAUCCGCUGCCCACACCCACCCUCGUCCGCCUGAGAGCGUCGGAGCAGGGCGUCACACUGACGGACGUGCAGAGGAGGGUGUUCUUCAGGCGGCACUACCCACUGACUGCCGUCCGGUUCUGCGGGAUGGACCCUGAGGGCAGGAAGUGGCAGAAGUACUGCAAAUCCUCCAGAAUCUUCGGGUUCGUGGCCAAAAGCCAGAUGGAUUCGGAGAACCUGUGCCACCUGUUUGCAGAGUACGACCCUGUGCAGCCAGCAGCACUUGUCAUCGACUUCAUCAGCAAGCUGCUGCCCGCCCCUUAGCGCCCAGCCACUGCCACGUGCUGGAUAGGAUGGGUGUGCUGAGCCCCAUCCCUGCAGCCACGGCCCUGUGCUCCCUCCCCAUGGAGAGGGGGAGGUCUGGGGGGGCACUGUGGCAGUAGAGCAGCAUCACGGUGUCUGAAGUCAGUGGGUUGCAUUGGAAGGUCCCAGUCUCCUCUGCAAGCACGGGUGGUGGCAGAGCUGCCAGCACAGCACAGCUGUGCCCAACGCCUCCGAAUUCUUCUGCCCUUUCUGCAAAGCCAUGUCCCAGAGCACCACGACCUCCUCACAUCGCCACAGGGUGAGAAAUAAACACUGACAUUUUCAUGACAGCGAAACACUGGGAUUUGGAAGGAACUGGGACGCAUUUGGGCCGGAGCCCUGGCUGACGUCAAUGCGCUCAGCCCUGCAGCACUGGGUCUGCACGGACCCUCCUCCCCCCGCACUGCUCUCAUUUCGGACUCUGUGCCACGCGGCCCUCUGGGGGGGGGUCAAUAAAUCAGCGCACUGUUUAUCUCA